AUGUCUCCAUCGGACCCACCCCCGGAGCCUCGCAGAGGCAACCUCGGCUCAGACAUAAUCGGUCCCCGCAACCCGGAACGCGAAAAGCAAGCCGUCUCCCUCGUCCGCCCGCCCAGCACCGACCACGGCACACUCCCCUCCUACAAAUGGUCCUUCGCCGACUCCCACAUCCGCAUCGAGGAGGGCGGCUGGGCACGCCAGACCACCGUCCGCGAGCUCCCCACCUCCACCGAGCUCGCGGGCGUCAACAUGCGCCUCGAGGAGGGUGCCAUCCGCGAGCUCCACUGGCACCGCGAGGCUGAGUGGGCGUAUAUGCUCGAGGGACGCGCCAGGUUCACCAUUCUGGAUCUCGAGGGUGGCGCGUACGAGGCAGACGUGCAGAAGGGUGAUCUUUGGUACGCACCGACGGGGAGGCCGCACUCUAUCCAGGGCUUAGGCAAGGGUGGAUGCGAGUUCAUGCUCGUCUUCGAUGACGGCAACUUCUCCGAAGACGAGACUUUCCUCUUGUCUGACUUACUUGUGCACAUUCCCAAAGAGGUCGUUGCGAAGAACUUCCGCGUCGACCCCAGUGUGCUGGACAAGCUGUCCUCCAAAGAGAAGUUCAUCUUCCGCGGCCAGACCCCCGAUACGUCUCGCCCCGGUAUCCCGCCCUCCUUCCCCAAGUCCAAGCAUCGCUUCACUCACAGCCUGCUCGCGCAACCCCCUCUGCGCGCACCCGGUGGCGAAGUGCGCAUCGCCGACACCUCCAACUUCCCCGUCUCGACGACCAUCUCUGCCGCACAUGUAACAAUCUCGCCGCACGGCCUGCGUGAGCUGCACUGGCACCCGAACGCGGACGAGUGGUCGUUCUUCAUCCGCGGGCGGGCGCGCGUGACCGUGUUCGCGGGCAGCGGUACGGCGCGCACGUUCUCGUACCAGGCGGGCGACGUCGGUAUCGUCCCGCGGAGCCUCGGCCAUUAUGUCGAGAACGUCGGCGAUGAGGAGCUCGAGAUGCUCGAAGUGUUCCGCGCGCCCAGGUUCGAGGACUUCUCGCUUGAGCAAUGGUUGAAGGGCUCUCCUGGACGCAUGGUUCUUGAGCAUUUGAAUUUGCAGGACAGUGAGGAGGGAAAGAAGUUCAUGGAGGCGCUGCGCAAGUCGCAGAUGAAGGAGCCGGUGAAAGCGGCGAAGCUGUAA